UACUAUUUCGAUAUUUAAUGAUCUACAAAUUGCAGCAUCAACGGCUCCACAACAAGAAUGUUCCAGAAUUCUCAACGACAACCAAGCUCCAUGCAAAACUCUCCCUACCCCCAACACAAGAACUCCAACGGCAGUUGAGUCUAUUCUCAGACUUCCUCCAACCUCGGCGAAGUCCCCACAAUCAAUUGGCUAUUAAAGCAGAGAGUUGGUCCAAUAUUCAACAGCCUAAUCAGGAAGGCGAAACAGUGCCGCUUUUUGAUUAUGAUUGCACAACUUCUGUUUCAACAGCCUGAGCCUCUGUGGGCAAUCUGGCUACAUCUUCAAUAGGUAGCUAACCCCAUAAACUCACUUUGACGGCAGCUAAGGCAUGUCCGGAUAGCUCGGGAAGCUCAUUUUGGCAAUAUGCGAGUAGAAUUAGAAUAUGUACACCACUCGGCAUUGAUUUCAUAUAAGUUGCAUCUUCAUGCUCAGCUGGCCUUUACUUAGUGUUGGACAUUGAAGCUAUUCAAAGACUGAUAAGAUGCUGCAAACACAAAGCCCCUUUAUUUUCUUUACCAAGCUAAAUUCAGCGGUCGUAAAUUAUCUAUUAAGGAUAUGUCACUCGAAUAGAGUUUGGUUCGAAUGAUGCCAUUGAAUCCGCUCUCUGAGUCUGAGAGCUCUCUCCACCACCGUUUUGCCCCACCUAUCGGCGAAAACUAUCUCCGAUAAUUCAAUGGUCCCCUCGGCUUCAAGAAAACUGAGUCUGGAGCUACCCCUCCAAGCCUCGAAAAAUCGUCCACGAUAUUAAGACAUUUUGACACGUCGCUUCCAACAUCUGAAUCUAACCAGAUUCGCUCAAUAUGGCUGCUCAAGCCUCCACAGAUAAUAAUGACCAUCUCGUCAGAUCAUCUGACAGUCAACACCCCGCAAAUUUGAUCCCAGAGCUAUGCAGAAAGUUUUGGACUUUGGGAUGGGUUACUGGCACUGGUGGAGGGACCAGUAUUCGAGAUGAGUAAGUUUAGUCUUAAUCUCACUUUCAACACUUGACAAAUUUUAGUGACCUGGUAUACCUCGCACCGUCAGGUGUUCAAAAAGAACUCAUGAAAUCCGGUAUUUUCAUAUUUUGAAAGCGACGAGAGACACAUUCUAAUUCGCCAUCCCACGAACAGAAGACAUCUACGUCCUCUCCCUCGCUCAACAAACAGACCCAAAAAGUCGCAUCUACCUCCGCUCACCCCCCUCUCUGAAACCAUCCCAAUGCACCCCCCUCUUCCUAGCCGCCUUUACAAAACGCGGAGCAGGUUGUUGCAUCCACACCCACUCCCAAUGGGCCGUUCUCAUCACGCUCUUGCUCGAAAACUCACCUCAAUCUCAAAAUAAGAAUUUAUUUGAGAUCAACAAUAUUGAGCAAAUCAAAGGCUUUGGGAAGGGAUUCCAGAAACAGGGUGCUUUAGGGUAUCAUGAUACCUUACGUAUUCCCGUUAUUGAGAAUACACCCCAUGAAGAAGAUUUGACCGAGAGUCUGGAGGAGGCGAUGGACAAGUAUCCGGACACCUACGCGGUACUUGUUAGGAGACAUGGGGUGUAUGUUUGGGGUGAGACGGUGCAUAAGGCGAAGACGCAGGCUGAGAGGUAUUUUACUAACCCUCUUCUUUUCUUUUCCCAAACGUGGAGGUCUGAAACUGACGUGCUUUUCGAUAGUUUGGAUUACCUCUUCCAACUUGCAGUUGAGAUGAAAAAACUUGGUUUGCCUUGGUUGAGCGAUAUCUCAUGAUUACAAGAGCAUUGUUAUCUCGAAAAUUCGACUCUCAUCUGAAGUUUUUCGCGAGGAUGAGAGAAUAAUCUAUAAGCGGAGAGAAAAGAUCUCACUCUUUUCGUAAUUUCAUGAUAUUCUAGUACUCAAGACAUCAAAGGUAUUCCUACUCGGACUCUGUUCAACCAGGACAUCAACUGGCCUUCAUGAAGUAUUCAGUAAUAUCUCCAUUCCCUCGAAUUGGGGACUUUUAACCUUGUG